CGUAGAUGGCACCCCGGUUGUUGGUUCCCGUGGCAACACCGAAGAGUAUUGGGCCCAAUUUUGUUCAGAUAUGUUAGGGUUUAGGCCAUCUUUAGAGGACGUGACCAAGACCAGAUCAAAAUGAAUGCGGUCGUACUCAUUCCUGUUGGUGAUCAUAGCCCGAAGGUCGACUUUCGGCAACAUGCUCGGGCAUUGAUGUUUAAGAUUAAGGGUGGUGCUCUGUUUGCUAGCACGACGGGUAACAAGGUGAACUUGUGCCUUUUGGAGUUGCUCGUUGGCACGGCGCAAGAAGUCCGAAGUCGCGCUAUAGGCUCCGCGACAUUGGCUUGCCUUUACAGUAAUUUAUGUCGUGCAGCGCUAUCAGAGACGACACAAAUCGGCGGCCCUCUCAUUCUAUUACAGAUUUGGGCGUGGGAGCGCAUCCCGAUAUGUAGACCGCAUGGCGUACUUCCACCCGAAUAUGGGAGAGAGCACCGUGGUGUGUUAUCAUCGUUGGACAGUGUCACCGUCUCAUUCCAUUUGUCCGUACAGGGACCAGUUAGACAGGCUACAUGGGAGAGAGCGUUCGCAAUAUGGUGUGCAUGUGUUUCGUUGAUAUACACGUAUAUGGUGGAGAUGUAUUACCCGGAUCGAUUCUGUCGCCAGUUCGAUGGACUUCAGGAUAUCCCUCAGGCCGUGGAUUAUGAUCGUGAGUUGCACGCCGUCAGGACAACCAUAGGGACCAUGGUUCCUAGGACGUCACAUUUUGUAGAGGAGUGGGAAGGCCGUCAUCAGACGUCUAUAGAUGGGUUCAAGUACUGUUUUCCCGUGAUCUCUGUUGAUGGCACCCACUUGCACGAGGGCAUUGAUGUAGCUUUCAAUACUAUCCCCCAGUUAUUGGAAUAUUGUGUCACCACGACAUAUUGCCUGCGCCACCUGAGAAGUAAUUUUCACACGAAUUUCAAUAGCAAAAAACUGAAGGGCUUGAUGUAUCAUGCAGCCAGUACCCUAGAUGUCUAUGAAUUCAAUCGAACAAUGCAACAAAUUAAGUCACAAUGGGAGGAGGCAUAUGACUGGUUGUUGGCUUUGCCAUUAGAGAAGUGGGCACUCUGUUCCGAUGGUGGGGCUCGAUAUGGAAUCUUGACCACUAAUCUUUCGGAAAGCUACAAUCACGUGCUUAAGGGAUGCCGGUCUCUUCUGAGGACUGAGGGAGUAGCAAAAGGGGGUUACGGCCUUAUGCUCUCUCUCUUCCGUUCGGUUGCCGUUCGUCCCUCUGCUCUGCGCCCGUCGCUUCGUCGCCGUCCGGUCAGCCAGCAGCCGCAGGGAGCUCCACCGCCGUCGCCGACGUCGUCCGCCUCCCUUCCCCGUCGCGCAGUGGGUUCGGCUGAACCAGGGCAGCGGCUACCCCUCUUCCUCUGAUUCAAGUUCUUCCAAUUUCGAGGUAGGGAUUUGGAUCAUGAGGGCAUGCGUGGAGGACGUUCACACGUGACACUGUGGAUGACGUCACCAUCUUUAUUAUGGACAUCUAAUUAUGUGUUUAUUAAUUACGUGGUUUGAACAUUGAUUGUAGAACAUUAUUUUAAGGCUUCCGCACAUGAUGGACUUUACACUGAACCUUUCAUAUUUAUUUUGGUGCUUGAAUGUUUUUGAAUAAUCUGUCUAAAUUGUU